CUGAAAACAACGGUACUGACCUCUGGUGCCAGUUACCUAGAGUUAUAUACCUUUGACAAGAUCGUGACUGGAAGAGGUCGCCAAGAAGAAGAUAGAACACCAUGUGUUUGUGGCAUUAAAGAAACUAGACUACAAUCAUGAGUGGACAGAUGACCUGCAUUGUUCGUUGUGUGAAGUAUGUCGGUGUUAUCAGACAAAGACUAAGUGUUCCUGUAUGUCUGCACGUGUUUCAACCAUCCAGAGCUGUUCUCGGAAGUCCUGCUUGUUUACAGACCGGUCUCCAUCAUCUACACACGUAUAACAUGUUAGCGCCGGCCGCGGUUGCUUCAAAACAGACAUCAUUCACCAACUCUGUGCCUCUGGUUGGUUGUCGUGGGAUGGCUGGCCAUAGUAAAUGGCAGAACAUUAAAAAUAUCAAAUCUGCCAAAGACAGUGAGAAGUCGAAGCUUAGUUUACAUUAUUCAAGAAAGAUCAAGAGUAUAAUUCGAGAAUCGGGUAAUGCUGAUCCCAAAUUCAACAGUCGGCUUGCCAGCGUGAUAUCUGAAGCCAAGUCUAAGAAUAUUCCCAACAGCACUCUAGAAGCAGCCAUCAAUCAGGCAGUGAUGUCUAAGAAUACCAGUACGAGUGUUGUGUAUGAAGGGCGAGGACCGGCCGGGUCCUGGUUCAUCAUUGAGACAGUCACCGACAAACCCAUCAAAACAAAGAACGAACUUCAAGGAAUCUUCAAGAAGUUUGGCGGUUUGCUGGGUGAAGCGAAUUCCGCAAGACAUGCAUUUGAACACAAGGGCAUCAUCGAGGUGAACAUUACAGAGGAGAAGGUCGAUAUGGACAAAUACGUCGAAGUUGCCAUAGAAACGGGUGCCGAGGAUGUGAUGCUUCAGAUCGACGAAGACAACAACAAAUACUUGGAGUUCUUCUGCGAACCCUCUGAGCUGAACCAGGUGAAGAAGAAACUUGAAGAGAAGGGUCUUGACGUGCAGUCUGCGUCGGAGGAGUACUUCCCAGCCCUGCCCGUCACGCCUGCCGAGGAAGACCGCGACAUCAUUGCACGCUUUAUUGGUCGACUUGAGAACGAGUUCCCUGAAGUGGUCCGCAUUCACGUCAACAUAGAUUCAUCAGUCUUGUCAUAGUCCUGUAAUAUUUUGUCUGUGUCGAUUCAUAGAUUCAGGUUUUCCAGAGAGAACACUUUGUAAUGUAUAUAGCAAGUGCGAUUUUUUUGUCUAUGUUAUAUUAUAUUUUUGAUUCAGGACUCAAAAGAAUGGUGAACAUAAUUUAUGGAUGUGCAUGCCAGAGUUCUGACAAAGUUUUGGCUUGUAUGAAAAAAGUGCUUUACACUAUGAUGCACCAAAGCUAUAAAAAACGCGACAUAUGUUUCAUUGUGGACAAGAACACAAUGUUGGAUGGUAAACCAGUGUAGUCAAUGAUUAGGUUAAACAAAUAUAAUUCACAUAACUAUAUAAUUGUUUGCUUAGGUAAACAAAUCAUGUAAACAAAAUUUGGUUACCUAAGAUUUUGAAAUAUUGUCCACUGAAGUAUAUUCUUCAUUCCAGCAUUUUCAAUUUCUUCUGAUGUUGAAGCACUUUUCAGUCUACAGCUUCAAUCUUCAGUUCAGGUUACAUGAAGAUAGCUAUCAUAAGGGUACGAGACAGGAGGGCAGUUGCAAAAUCUCAAAUUCGGGCAAAAAUUACAGAUAUUUGAGCAAAAUAUACUAACCUGAGACCUUUUUACCAUGUAUUUGCAUCAUUCUAUCUUCAAAAUUAGUUGUAAUCCAUGUAAAAAUGCUUAGAAAUUUGUUUGUAACACUAUAUAGCUGUUUGGUAGUAAUGCUAAUAUGAUUAAAAGUUGUUAUCCAGAUUCAGGCAUUUUUGUUUAAUUCAGGCAAAAGCCAGCCUACAAAAAUGGUAGCCCGUAUGCCUAUGAUAGUCAUUAGAUUAAAGCUGUGAGAGAGGACAGGUGACUAUUCUUUAAAGUGACAGAUCCUAGUUUUUAAACACUACGGCAUAUUUUUCACUAUUAAAACCAUUUUUGGUAAUUGAAAUCGGACAUUAUUUUAUUUGUAUUGUUUUGAAUAUCCAUUUCCAUACAUUUGAAGUGUUUGUGGUCAUUCUGGUGUUUGUAAUGCCAUGAAAUGCAUUUUUCUAAAUUCCCCAAAACAUACCCCUGAGAAGUAACUGUUAUGGAGACGAGCUUUAGUUUAUUUUUAGAUAAUAUUUUUACCUAUUUCAGUGUCGCAGACUCCUGUUUCACAGACUCCUGUUUCACUCUAUUGUAACUUUAUUCAGGUGUGUCACAAGUUUGUAGAUUGACCAAAUUUAGUGUCUAUUUUCACCACGCCAAACUUGGGUUUGCGACUUAAAUUAUGAAAUUUGGAAAUUUAUUAUUCUUAAAAUGGUACCGGUAAACCUAGGAUGAGAAGGUGAGAUUGGGGUCAUUUAUAGGUUGUUACACAGUUCUAAUUUAUUACUUUACAGAAUGAAUAUUCUUAUCAUGGCAACAUUCAUGUUGUGAUGAGGUUUGGAUAGUUUGAAGUUCCAUCACAUUGAUUGGUUGCCUGUUUAAGAAUUAAAAGUUUUUAUGUGAAUAGGUCAUGGCCAAUCAGCUUUAUUUUGAUGUCAUAAAUAUUGCAGCAGAAAUAUUUGUUAUUAUAUAUUGGUGCUGAUUGUUCAUAACCAGUUUUAAAAUAAUUUUAUUUAAUUAACAACUGAUCUGUUUAUUGUACAUUGUGGAAUAACAAAAUAUUAUAAAAUCA